CAUCGGGGGCGUAAAUAUGGCGGCCACUAGCCAGUCGCUUGUUUUGGUCAUGUGAGCAAUAAUACAAAAAUGGAAAGUGACGACACGCUGCACACCUAAACGGAAUUUUACAAAUAGAAGAUGUCUACGAAAGAAUUAUACACCAAGGGGGCGCGGGUUUGGAUCCCUCACCCAGAGACGGUUUGGGUUGGAGCUGUUCUCCUGGAAGAUUUCAAAGGACAGAAAACUCUGAAAAUAGAAUAUGAAGAGGAAGGGGAGUAUACAGUGCAGUCCAAGUAUGCCACAUUUCGCCAACUUGCUCUCAAGAAGAAGGCAGAACAGACCAGUGAAAUCAGUGUAACAGAGAAGACCUUGCCCCCAUUGAGGAACCCUGAGAUUCUGAUAGGGGAGAAUGACCUGACCUCCCUCAGCUAUCUUCAUGAACCAGCUGUUUUAUACAAUUUGCAAGUCCGGUUUUGUGAUAGGAAUGACAUAUAUACCUACUGUGGUAUUGUCUUAGUUGCCAUCAAUCCCUAUGAGGAGUUGGACAUCUAUGGCAAUGACAUUAUCCAAGCAUAUCAUGGUCAGGACAUGGGUGCCAUGGACCCCCACAUAUAUGCUGUGGCAGAGGAAGCUUUUAAAAGAAUGGUCCAAUUUGACCAGAACCAGUCAGUUAUUGUCAGUGGAGAGUCAGGAGCUGGGAAGACAGUGUCUGCCAAGUAUGCCAUGCGUUAUUUUGCUGCUGUGGGUGGCUCUCAUACUGAUGAGACACAAGUUGAAAAGAAAGUACUGGCUUCUAACCCUAUUAUGGAGGCCAUUGGUAAUGCCAAAACAACCAGAAAUGACAACAGUAGUAGAUUUGGAAAAUAUCUUGAAAUAGGCUUCAAAAAGAACCAUCACAUCACUUCAGCUCAUAUGAGAACUUAUCUUUUAGAGAAAUCCAGAGUGGUGUUUCAAGCUCCAGAAGAAAGAAAUUAUCAUAUAUUUUACCAGCUGUGUGCCUCAUCAGAGCUCCCAGAAUUUGAAAAGUUUCAAUUAGAUCAUCAGGAUAAUUUUUACUACACAUUCCAAGGCUGCAAUCCAACUGUAGAUGGCAUUGAUGAUGCUGAGGAGAUGUUGAACACAAGAGAAGCUAUGACACUGCUAGGCAUAUCAGAGAAGCAACAGAUGAUGAUAUUCCAAAUUCUGUCGGCCAUUCUGCACUUUGGUAAUGUUAAUAUCACAGAGGAUGAGGAUGGGGAAAAUGCCAUUAUAAAGAAGGGAGACAAGAGUCUGCAGACAAUGUGUGACCUGCUGGGGAUAGAUGAGGAGCAGACCAGGAAGUGGUUGUGUAACAGGAAGAUUACCACUGUGGGAGAGACACUCAUCACGCCACUGGAUACCAAAAAAGCUUGUUUUUCGCGUGAUGCUCUUGCAAAGCACAUCUAUGCCAAGCUAUUUGAUUGGAUAGUAAAGAUGUUGAACAUAACCUUGUCCAUCAGUACAGGGAAACAGACUAACUUCAUAGGGGUACUGGAUAUCUAUGGGUUUGAAACAUUUGAAAUAAACAGCUUUGAACAAUUCUGCAUCAAUUAUGCAAAUGAAAAACUGCAACAGCAGUUCACAUUGCAUGUGUUUAAACUGGAGCAGGAAGAGUAUGUGAAGGAGGAAAUAGAGUGGUCUUUCAUUGAUUUUUAUGACAAUCAGCCCUGUAUCGAUCUCAUAGAAAGCAAGCUAGGGAUAUUGGAUCUCCUUGAUGAAGAGUGCAAGAUGCCUAAGGGUUCUGAUGAAAGCUGGUGUAGGAAACUCUAUCAGCGCCAUCUGAAAGCAAAGCACUUUGAGAAGCCGCGUAUGUCUGAGACUGCGUUUGUAAUCAUCCAUUUUGCAGACAGCGUGGAGUACCAGUCUGGGGGCUUCCUAGAGAAAAACAGGGACACAGUUCUGGAUGAACAGCUGAAUAUACUCAAAGCCAGUGAGCAUGAGUUAGUGGCCGAUUUGUUCCAAGAAGAAGAGCAGCGGAAACCACGUAGUGGGUCAACGUCUGCAGCCAAGGUGAACAUCCGAGCUGGUACUCAGCAACCCAAGGGUUCCAAGUCCCACAAGAAGACAGUUGGUUCUCAGUUCAGGGACUCCCUGAAUAAGCUAAUGGACACCCUGUUUUCUACCAAUCCGCACUAUAUCAGGUGUAUUAAACCCAAUGAUAUGAAACAGGCUUUCACAUUUGAGCCCCAGCGAGCAGUGCAACAGUUACGAGCAUGUGGAGUUUUAGAAACAAUUCGUAUCAGUUCAGCAGGAUAUCCAUCCAGGUGGAGCUAUCCAGAGUUCUAUGAACGCUACAGGGUGCUGUCUGUUAAGAAAGAUAUAGUGAAAAAAGACAAGAAGCAAACAUGCAGAAAUAUUUUAUCAAAGCUUAUACAGGAUCCAGACAAAUUCCAGUUUGGUAAAAGCAAGAUUUUCUUCCGGGCUGGCCAAGUGGCUUACUUAGAGAAGCUGAGGUCUGACAAGCUGUAUGCAUGUGGCAUUAUGAUACAGAAACACAUCCGUGGUUGGUUGUGGCGCAGGAAGUACCAGAAGAUCAGGAGAAGUGUUCUGCUGGUACAGACAUAUGGUAGAGGAAUGCUGGCUAGGAGACAUGCACUCCAUCUACGGCGCACUGCAGCUGCCACUAGGAUGCAGAAAGUGUGGCGUGGGUACAAGGUCAGGAAGGCAUAUCUACGCACAAGACAGGCUGUUAUUACUAUACAGAAAUACGCGCGAGGUAUGGCUGGCAGACAAGAGUUCAGAGCUGUGCUGCGUGACCACAAGGCCGUUAUCAUACAAAGUCACAUCCGCGGCUGGUUGGCCAAGAGACGGUACAGGAAGGUCAUGCGCGGCAUUAUUCUCAUACAGAGUCACUACAGGAGAAGAAAGGCCAGGGCGAUGUUGAAGAUUCUCAAGGUUGAAGCCCGUUCUGUCCAGCACAUCAAGAAAGUCAACCUGGGACUUGAGAAUAAGAUUAUUGAAAUGCAACAUAAACUGGACGAAAAGAACAAAGAGAUAGGUCUGUUGCGAGAGGACCAGGUUCUGCUUCGUGACAUGCAGAACCAAAUGGCACAACUGAAGAACAUGGAGUCCAACUCCAAGACCUACCUGAGCAGGAUUGCUGAGCUGGAGCAGACAGUGGCCAUGUUGGAGGCCCAGUUAGAACAGGAGAAGGGGGAGAAACAGGACCUCAUAACUGAGAAACAACUUAAGGCCAAAGAACACGAAGAGGUGGUGGGACGUCUGAUAGAGGAAAAUCUGAAACUGAAAGAGGAGGUCAACCAGUUGAAUCUGAAGAACAAGCAACAAGAACAAGUUGCUGAUGAUGUUGCUAGGGCCAAGCUAGAGGAAGCCAAUCAACAGCUGAAGAGAGAACUGGACGAGGAAAGAGAACACCACCAGAAACUGGUGAAGGAGUACAAUCGUCUGCUUCAGAGAUGUGAGAACUUACAGGGAGAGGUCACGGAUCUGACCAGUCCCCAGAGAGACUUGUUACAGCUUGGACACAGGAGGAACCUGUCCAACCUCAGUGGGAUCAGCCUGGAGUCAGAGAUGACAUCUGCUUCUGAGAAGGAGAAAGAUGAGAGUGAGCUGGCAGAGAAGGCCAUGAAUGGGGUACAGCCAGGGGAGGAGGACCAGGGUUAUGGCACAGAGAGGAAGAAAGAAGACACAGGAGUGCGUGAAAGUAUUGAAGCUGUGCACUGGAACCAGACUACGGAGACUGUGGCCAGUAAAAACAAAGAUAGCAGCCAGUUGCUCAGCCCUAGCUCAGCAGAAGGCAAGAAGAAAGAAAGAUCUGCAUCUAGAAAUAGCAUGGAUGAAAAGAAAGAUGCAGAGAAGGUGGAUGUGGGUCUUAUGAUCAAGUUACAGACCAGAGUGAAGGACCUGGAGAAGGAGAGGGCUCGGCUCCAGGAAUUACUGGAUGAAGACCAGCAGGAGAGACCCAGGGCUGGUUCCAAGCUGGGGAUGCUGGGGGAUGAGGCGUACGAGGCCAUCAAGAACCAGGAGUUGGAAGUUGAGAAUACAAAGAUGAAGGAGGAACUUCAGCGCCUCAGAGCAGCAGUCGCUAUGAAUUCCAAGUUUGAAGAGAGUGUAGAUCUUUCCAGAAGAGGGUCCAAUGUAGCUGGGAAAGAAUUCAUGGACCAAUUUGAAGCUAUGGCAGAUGAGUUGGAGAGAAGGCGUGAAGAAUGCAUCCAGCUGAGAGCGCUACUGGUCAACAGGAGCCGGGACCAGAGUUCUGUUGCCAAGGAGAACUAUGAGGGAGAUGUAGACAGACUGAAUGAGGAUGGGGAGCUGGCCAUGGCUUAUAAAACUCAGAAAGAACUGCUGAAAAUGCAAGAAGAGCAGAUAGACAAGCUUCAGAAUAAAUACAGAAAGAUGGAGAAAGAACUGCGGCAUGAACUCACUGAACUAAAGCAGGACAAUGACAGGCAACAGAAACUGAUUGGACAGCUGAACAGGGUAGCAAGUAACCUCUCCCUGUCACCAGAGGCAAAGAUUGAAGCCUGCAUGCAGCAUGAGAUCACAAGACUCACUUCGGAAAACCUGGAUCUGAGAGAACAGAUUGAGAAGCAACAACAGCAGAUCCAUAGACUGAAGAAAGCCCUCAAGCUUUACGCCAAGAGAUUAAAGACUGGAGAUGUUGCACAAGGCAGCACCCAGGCCAUUGCUGGUGAAGAGCUUGUUGGGGCAGACAUCAUGGCGGAGGUGGAGAAAGAAAUUGCCAAAGAGAAUCCAGACUUUGAGCGUAGCACCAGUGUUGCCAGCGUCCGCCACAGAGAACGGGAAUACAUGGGAAUGCUGGAAUACAGGAAAGAGGAUGAACCCCUCCUCAUCAAAAACCUGAUUCAAGAACUGAGCCCCAAGGUAGCAGGGAGCUGUCUGCCAGGUCUUCCAGCCUAUGUCUUCUUCAUGUGUAUUCGCCACACAGACUACAUCAAUGAUGAUGAGAAGGUCAGAAGUCUGCUCACUAAUGUCAUCAAUGGAAUCAAGAGAGUUGUCAAGAAACGCCAUGAAGAUGUGGAGAGCGUCACCAUGUGGCUUGCAAACACCUGUAGACUUCUACACAACUUCAAGCAAUACAGUGGAGACAAGGCAUUCCAAACUGAAAAUACUCCAAAACAAAAUGAGCAUUGUCUGCGCAACUUUGACCUGUCUGAGUACAGACAAGUCCUGAGUGACCUGGCUGUGUGGAUAUACCAGACUCUGACCAAGUUAUUGCAGGACAACUUACAGCCUAUGAUAGUUCAUGGAUUGCUAGAACAUGAGGCAAUAGCAGGUUUAACUGGUAGCAAACCUACAGGAAUGAGAGGAAGAUCUACCAGUAAUGCCAGGCAGCUGGAUGACUUCACCAAGAGUCUGGACAUGGUCAUGAAAGCUUUGGGCACCUUUUUGAAAAUCUUUAAGACACAUGCUCUGGACCCUGAGCUGGUGAAGCAGGUUUUCAAACAGCUUUAUUAUUAUGUUUGUGCUGUGGCAUUAAACAACUUAUUAUUAAGGAAAGACUUGUCUAACUGGUCCAAAGGGAUGCAGAUAAGAUAUAAUAUCAGUCAUAUAGAGCAGUGGUUACGAGACCAGCACCUCCAGGACUGUGGGGCGGCCGAGCAACUGGAGCCCAUUAUCCAGGCAUCCCAGCUACUGCAGGCCAGGAAGACAGAGGCAGAUGUGGAGAGUAUAUGUGACAUGUGUUCAGCACUCUCUGUGCCACAGAUUGUGAAACUCCUAAAUCUCUACACCCCUGUGGACGAGUUUGAGGAACGUGUGCCAAUAGCAUUCAUACGGAAGAUACAGGAGCAACUGAAGAAAACCCGCCAAGCCAACCAAGCAGGGAAUCUGUUAAUGGACACUAAGAAAAUGUUCCCGGUGACUUUCCCCUUUAAUCCCUCCAACCUGGGGCUGGAAACAAUACAGGUGCCAGAGACCCUCAAUGUUAACUUCUUGAAAAAAUUGUAAUGGAUUUUUAUCCUUCAAAGAAAGAGGGAGAGAUGCUGGCAAUACUGUUGGAGUUCUGAGCAUAGCUUUAAAAUUCCAUGGUGCUUUUGAAUGUCAAAUGAUGAGCAGAGUUGGGAAGUGACCUUUUUUCACAAGCCAGGUGACAAAUUAUGUACAGUGAUAAUUGUCAAUUAUGUAAAUGAAUGUGUAUUGUAGUUAAAGACAGAAUCCAUCUGUAAAAAAAAGCCAGUAAUUGGGCAGAGGGCUGGUGAUGAUCCUAUCCAAUCCCAAGUUAGACUGUGCCUAUUCUCUUAGCACUGAUCACUGUCCAGAAGUGACAGGAUAACACUGACCACUGUCAAGUAGAUAUAGGAUUCCUGUGCAUAUCAAGGUUAUUGUGCCUGGAUUGAUAUGCCUGUGUAGCACUGGUCAGCACUGUUCGCAAAAAUUGUAUGCUUCAUGAAUAUGUUUAAGACUUGGAAAAAAGGAAGUUAGGAAAAAAAGGGUUAAUCUCAUGGUAGCAAAAUUAAAAUGUUUAAAAUAAGGGUUGCCACAAAAGGUGUAUUUGAAGAAAAGGUAUCUAAAUUAUUUUAUAAUUACAAAAUCAUGUGUCUGCUCAUCAAUAUGAUGUUGUCACAAAUUUGUUGCACAAAAUUAUAUUAAUGUUAAGACAAUAUUAAUGUUUAGACAAUAGUUAGGAGCAUUGUAAUAAAAAACACUUUUGGAUUGAAGUAAUUGAGGGGUGUGCAAUAUAGAGGACAUUUUACCAAGUUGGUUGUUAGAAAUGGUUGUCAUACACUUAUUUAUUUGAGGUGAAAACUGAAAGAUCUCAAAAAUUAAUUUUACCCAGCAUUACAAGAGCUGAGUACUGGGGUGCCUGCAGUGCCACCUAUCUAUCUGAAUGCCUUACUAAUUUCAUGAUUUCCCAGAAGUAAAAAUUGCUGUGAAACCAUUCCAACUAGCCUAGUCAGUGUGAAAAACAUAUUGCAGUUUUCAUACUGAGAACAGUUUUAAAGUGCAGUUUUGCUCUACUGUAUUGCAUAUAUGUAUUGAUUUAUUGUUUCACUGAAGCCUGUGACAAGCAUAUUAACUUAGAAAUUACUCCUUUUGUGAUAUAAAAGGUUAUUGUCAAACACACUUACUUUAAGAGGCCUUCAAUAUAUAUAAAAGGUACAAAAUCCCCCCGUGAUGAUUAUGUUCUACUUAAAUGGAUAUUUUGAUUCUUUGGUAUGGCAUGACAUGCCUUAUGCUUUUCACAAUUUAUUUAUUAGCAACGGUCAGAUUUUGUAUAGAACAAUUUAAGAACCAUAUGAUUACAGUGGAGACCACCGUUGUGUACCCUAGAGUAGUAUUUGUGACCAUACUUUAUUAUAACUGAAUACUAUGUGUUCUGUACGUUAGAUAGUAUUUAUUAUCAUAGACACACAUAUGCAAUUUACCUUGGUGCUUGCUAUAUCUCUGUCUGCCAUUGACAAACAGCUUCUUGCUGCUGGUGAAUUUUAUGACCUGCCUUGGUUGUGUACCUUUUUAUGAGGUCUAUUUCUCAUUAUUUGUCAUUCCUAUCUACCAAGUCUAUUCAUAUGUAAUUAUAUACAUAUAGAUAUAUUAUAGACAUAUAUAUACAGGACAUCAACUGGACAUCAGUGUGUGGAAGCCUCUGCCUUGUGUGAUUAGUGAUAAGCAGAGUAUUCCAGGUCUAGACUUAUUAUGGACUAGUGCAAAAUUAGUACGUGUGCAACCUGGAUAUAUUUAUUUGAAGUUGUUGGGUCAUUGUUAAUUAAUUAAUCAAUAUUGUGUUUGCAAUCAAAGGUACAGGGAUUUCUUUUUGAGAUAGAGAAAGGGUGAAAAAAAUUUACGAAAAGUUGGUGCACAAUUCUUAAGGCUAAAAAGCUGGUAAAAAAAGAGCUGUAAACAUAUUUCAUGAUCUCCCAACACUGGAAAAAUGCAAAUGUUUUUGAAGAGGUCGGGCCUCCAACAUGUGAUGGAGAAAAAUACUUUUACAACCAAAUGGGCACAGUAUAAGUAAACCAAAAUCAGUGUCACCAUAAAACAAGGUAUGUCCAUAUGACAUUAAGGGUAUGCAUAUUUAUGUGAAUAAUUUACUAUGUAGGUUACCUCUAGCAGGUGUUGACAUCAUGGUCAGCUCUGAUGUUGACGUUAUGGUCAAUUAGUAAUGAUAUCUUGGCUCUGAUACUGAUUUCAUCAGAUUUCAUUAAUAAUCAUGUAAAUAAUGGACUGUGAUUCAUUUUAUUAUGAUUUUUUGUUAAUUUAUAUUGUAUAAUAUGAUGAUGGAGCUUGAAAUGCAACAAAUAGAAAUAUUCUACAAUUGAUUUGUGGUUUUUGUUUUUGACAUAGCCAUUGCUCA